ACAGCAAUAGUUUCUAAAAGACAAAACCGGAGAGAGACGCACACAGAGACACAGAGACACAGAGAGAGUUUCGUAACUUGGGGAAGUUUUGUGGAGCCAUCGAUCAGUGGAGCAGACUGUUGUUUCUUCUCAUGUCAGUGACACCGAGGAGCUGCGUCACUUUUUCACCGGAGUUAUCUAAUUGAGUUUCUGACACACAGAGAGACAGAGAUAUAGAGGGAUCUUCUGCUGUUCAUUCCUCCUGGAAUAAACUCACAUAUCCUCCAUCUGAGAAGAGCCUGGCCUUUGCAGCCAUGCUGAUGUAUGACUACCCUCUGAAGACAGACAUGGAGACGUCAUUCUACUCUUCGUUAGUGAAAACCCCGGAGCCGUACGGAGUGAUCUUCUCCCAUCCCACCCACAUCUACCACCCCACGCACAUGCACGCCUUCACCCAGCCCCCCCACUCCCCCAGCAACCUCACACACACCCAGCUGGAGCCCGUGGACCUGUCAGUCAGCAAACGUUCCUCCUCCUCCUCUUCCUCCUCCUCUCCUCCCUGCUCCUCCGCCUCCUCCCCGGCCUCCUCGCGAAGCUCCCCGCCGUCCCCCUACAGCACGGCGAGCCGCGCAUCCCCCCGCUGCUCCACACCGCACUCCCAGCUGCGCUCCUCGCCCUCCCAAGCUCUCCCGCCGCCCACUGCCUCACUCCAGUACCCCACCAUGGUGGCUCCUCUGAUCAGCUCGGGAUCCGGAGUCAUCCAGGGGUCAGGGGUCAUGGUGUCUCCGGUCAUGGUGCCUCUGUCUGUCCUCUACCCCUCGCCUCUCCACCUGCAUCAGUCGAUAAUGGUGAGCCAGACUAUCGCCAGCGACGACGACCACCACCAUCGAAGCAGGGAGCACAAGACAGUUCACUGCGGCGACGCCUAUGACCUGCACAAGCCAAUCAAAACAGAGCCGCGCUCCGAGCUCUCUCAUGACCUCCACAGCAGCCACGAGAUGAAAUCAUCAGUCAUCAGGAUACCGCACGAAUACGGGUGUAACAACCCUUCGGUAAUAGUUCACUCGGGCGCCAAGCAUCCUCUCCCUGCCGAGUCUCCUGACACGCUGAAAAAGAGGAGAAUUCACCGCUGCGACUUCAACGGCUGCAACAAAGUGUACACCAAGAGCUCCCACCUCAAAGCACACCGCAGGACACACACCGGUGAGAAACCCUACAAGUGCAUGUGGGAAGGCUGCACGUGGAAGUUCGCCCGUUCAGACGAGCUGACGAGACACUUCCGCAAGCACACAGGAGUCAAACCGUUCCAGUGCCCCGACUGUGAGCGCAGCUUCUCCCGCUCUGACCACCUGGCUUUGCACAAGAAACGCCACCUCCUGGUGUGAAACCCUCUGAAACCGAGCAGCUUGAAAGAAGCCCGGUGCUGGUUUCAACAUUGGACUGUACCACUUUGACUUUGGGGGGGAUUUUUAAAGAGUUGGCCUUACACGUUGGACUCCGACAGGGAGUUGGGGAAAUGUUCCUCAGGGUGCAAGUUUUGACCCUUUCACCUCAUUAGCCUGAAAUUAGCUGGUGUCAGCUUAUUAAUCAUGUAACCGUCACACCAUCCUGCAGAUGUAUCAUCAGCUCCUUUUGACAUUAUAAUAGAAAUAGACCUCUGAUCAGCUGUGGGAGGUCUGGACACUUUUUUAAAAAGAAGCUGCAUCAUCUCAGCUGGCCUGAGAGCAAACAGCAUGCUCAAGCUUCUUUUUUUACAACAUCGGCUCUCAUUUCUCUGCAUGCAUUCAAGUAAAGAUUGUGGACUUAAACACACACAUGUUAUUUGCUAGCGAUGCCAAAAUAAUGUGAAACUCCAGAAUGUAUCAUAUCACACCUACUGUGCAUCCAUCGUGUCAUACAUCCUUCAGCUUUCUUUCAUUAGCGCAGCUACCUGUGACAUAACGCUAAUGCAAACUCCUCAGUCAUGGAUCGCCACAUUAUCAUACCACACACCUCAUCUGCCUCUACUAGCUUAUAUCAUGAAGUGACUUAAAACAAACAAACAGGUAGCUAUUAUUCGCUUUCUCUUUGUACAUACAUGCACAUGUUUAACGGCACACACAGCAAGAAAACAUGCACUUAAUAAAAGCAGCCUCGGUCUGGUGUGCUUUUUGGUAUUUGGGUUGGGAAAAAAAAAGGGGGACACUGGGUCUCGUUCGUUGUCGGAAUGAAGUGUUUUUUUAUGUUUUCAUUCAGAAAUGUGAAAGUUGCUGCACAGGGGCAUUAUUGUGUUAGUGAGGAAAAGACACCACUUGGUUGGUUUAAGGGUAGAAGCAAUGAUAUGUCAAGUUUAUGCAUCUAUAUGAACUAUUGUAUGGUUUGUGAUGUGACACAGUGGUAGCCUUUUUUUAUUGUAUGACACAUUUAUAUGGGAAAAAUACAAAGUGCAAAGCAGGGAUAUUUGCUCUUUCAUUUUUUUUUUUCGGGAGCAGAUGAGUUUUAUUCCAGCCCGCCACACAGGAUAUUUAAUUUGAAAGAAAAUAACAUUUAAUUCAGCAGUUUUCUUAAAGAGGACCUAUUAUGCUUUUUCCCUUUCCUUUAGUGUGUUUCGUAGUUUUUUGUUCAUUUAAAAGUUCUGCAAAGUUACAACGUCCACGCCAAAGGGAGUUUCUCUCCUCCGCAGAAACACUGCUCCUGAACUGCCUGAAACAUCGUGAUUGAAGUCCCGCUUUUUCUUCCGUAACAUGGUGAUGUCACCAAGUAACACAUUUUUGGCACGUCCCCAAACAAAGCCAGUUAGAGCGGAGCUGGAGAAGUACUUUCUUUUUUUUACAUUAAAUCAUGUAAACAUGUUCUAAUAGAAAGUAUGAUCCUGAAAAUAAGCAUAAUAGGUCCUCUUUAAUAGAAGGUCAUAAGAUAUAUUCUUUAACUUCACCAUCACAAUUUUAGAGCACAACGUUUUGUUUUUACAGCUUCUGGAGAAGAAAACCGUUUUGUUCAUAGCGUCUUUGUACAUGUCUCCAAUGUGCACUUUAUAUAAAACAUUCCCAAAGCCAAACAUUUUCUAAUCAAAACAGUUUUUCUAUCAAACAUCUGCUGGUCAGUUUGAUCAGAAACAUUUAACAGCUUUGUCAUUUUCUAAUCAUGUAAUGCCAGAAGAAAAUGUACACACACAAACACACCGAAUGUAGCAGCUCAACUGAUCUGCAUUUUACCCCUGGAUAUUCUUUUGCGGUUUUUGCUUGUACAUGUUUUUAUAUUUCUGCAAAUAUAAGUUGUAAUAUAUAUAUAUUUUAUAAUUGAUUAUUAGACUGAAAGGGCAAUUAAAGGUUUUUAUUAAGCAUGAUUUUGAUACUCUCAUAAUAAUGGAUAUUAUACAUUUCUAUAAUGUUCUGUCUAUAAUAAACCCUAUCUCUUUUUUAAUCUAAACGUUGGCAAUUCAAAGGGAACAUGUUAAACUGUGAACGUAUAACUGUACAGGUCUAUCUGCAAUUUUGCAUUUAUUUUAAGACAGAAUAUUCAUACCACUUAAUAAACUUAUUGAUAAUAUUUGCAAAA